AUGUGUAUGACAACUGUACGCUCAAUUCUUGAUAUGUAUGACAACUUCACGCUGGGGGAUCGAAACAAACACAGUUGCACCAAUCAACUCGCCAGACGAGGGAUGGCGCUGGUGCUGAUUUGCGGCCAGCCGUGCAGCGGCAAGACUACGGUAGCGAGGCAGCUUGUAGCGGCUCUCGAGGCUGCUAAUAACGAGCAACAGAAUAGCACUCCCGGCGAUAGAAGAUUAAGGGUGGUCCUCCUAGGCGAGGAGCAGCUUCACAUAGGCCGAGACGAUGGCUACCAAAACAUGGUAGCGGAGAAGAAUCUGCGAGGAUCGCUGCGAUCUGAAGUGGAUCGUGCGGUCGGCAAGGAUCGAAUCGUGGUCGUUGAUUCUCUGAACGCCAUCAAGGGGUACCGAUACGAGCUGUGGUGCCUGGCACGCGCUGCUGCCACCAAAUACUGUGUGGUGCAUUGCGACGUGGUGGCAGAGACAGCAAGGGCGUGGAACGACAGGCGCAGAGACGCAGGGGAGCCCUGCUACGCUCCCCAUAUUUUGGAGGAUUUGCUGGGUCGAUUCGAGAGGCCGGUGGGCCGCAAUCGCUGGGACUCGCCCCUCUUUGAACUUCAUCCUGCCACCGAGCAAGCAGCAGAGGAGGCAGAGCGGGUUAUAGGCGAGGUGGUGACACUGCUGGUGGGAGGAAGUGGAGCAGCAAACGGACAGGGGCGAGCAGGCAGGGCCUUGCAACCAACAGUUGCGACUCAGACAGCCACACCAUCAGAUGCCAAUGUGCUCUACGAGAUGGACCGAGCCACCAAGGAAGUAAUAUCUGCUGUGAUGGAUGCUCAGGCAUCCCUAGGAGGCGCCUCAUCACCAUUUACUGUAGAUUUGGGACCGAAUAACAACAUAAAGAAAAAGGGCAGGAUGGUGGCCGCAGGAACAACCGUGAAGGACGUGUCGCCGCAUGCGUUCGUCAAGGCGUAUGCGGCUCACUUGAAGCGCACAGGCAAGAUUGAGGUUCCCACAUGGGCUGACAUCGUUAAGACAGGAACCUACAAGGAACUUGCCCCCUAUGAUCCCGAUUGGUACUACAUCCGCGCUGCCUCCAUGGCCCGCAAGGUGUACCUCAAGCCUGGCGUUGGAGUUGGUGCCUUCAAGAAGAUCUACGGCGGGCCGAAGAACAACGGGUCGCGGCCGUCGCACUUCUGCAGGAGCAGCGGGUCCGUCGCCCGGCACGUGCUGCAGCAGCUGGAGUCCAUCGGUAUCGUCGAGCAGGACGCCAACGGUGGGCGUCGCAUCACCUCCGACGGGCAGCGUGAUCUUGACCGCAUUGCUGGACGGGCUGCUGCUGCUGCUGUGGAAGUAUUUGACAAGAUGCAGGGCGCCGAGGUUUCGAAGCAGGUGCAGCAGAUGGUGGAGUUCAUUCGGCAAGAGGCCGAGGAGAAGGCUAACGAAAUCGCCGUUGCUGCGGAAGAGGAGUUCAACAUUGAAAAGCUGCAGCUUGUAGAGGCGGAGAAGAGAAAGAUCCGUCAAGAAUAUGAGCGCAAGGAGAAGCAAGUCGAGAUUGCGAAGAAAAUCGACUAUUCUAAGCAGCUGAAUGCCUCUCGAUUGAAAGUGCUGCAAGCUCAGGACUCCAUUGUGAAAGAAAUGAAGGCCGCAGCAGAGAAAGAGCUCCUGAAGGUCUCUAGUGACACCAAGAAAUACACUGAACUGUUGAAGGAUGUGAUUGCUCAGGGACUUGUACGCCUGAACGAGUCCGCCGUGCAGCUUAGAUGCCGUGAAGCUGAUGUUGCUGCUGUGAAAGCUGCUCUCCCCGGCGCUAUCCAGGAGUAUGUGACAGUCACCAAGCAAACAGCGCCAACAGUGGAUGUGGAUACGGUCAAGUUUCUGCCUGCUGCCCCCCACUGUGCCGGAGGUGUUGUGAUGGCUUCUAAGGAUGGCCGAGUGGUCUGCUCCAACACACUCGAUGCUCGUCUUGAGAUUGCAUUCAAGCAAAACCUUCCUGCCAUCCGUGCAUCCAUGUUCAAGACAAGUGUGGUCUCCUAA